GUAGCGCAGAAAAUAUAUCCGACAAAAAGUAAGGCACCGAACAGUCAUGUUUACACUCCGCAGUCGUGAAGUCACCCAGCGAAACCGGAACGAAGUUACGUUUAGUAGUGAUAUCUUCAAACCAAUUCUGGUUCAAUCAAAAUGGGUCUAUUGAGACCCGCUGUCACACUUAUCGCUUUCGGGCUGUUCCAGUGUGGCAUCUUGGCGGAUGAUAAGGAAUCAUCGUUAUCGGAUUGUAUCCAGCGGAACAGAUAUAGUCCGGAUCAGCUGCUGUUUUCUGAUACAGAUAAGUCCGCCAUCGAUUGGCUGACCAUAAGCGAAGUAACGCAUACAAAUUUGGAAGCCGGAGUUUUCGAGUGCUUCCCAAACCUGAAGGAAUUUACGAUAAGUGGCAAUGGACUCUCGGAAAUUGAUGGUGACGCGUUUGGAGGCGCUCCUCUGCUGUGGGCAUUGAAUCUGAGCAGGAACGAGUUGAGUUCAUUGUUUGACCAUGGGAAGCCGGUGUUAGAGGAGUUGACUGUACUGAAUCGUUUGGAUCUGAGUGAAAAUCAGUUUCGCAUGUUCAAUAUUGGUUCAUUCAAAGGUUUACAAAAUCUAACUGAGUUGACAGUAUCGGACAACAAAUUGGAGUUAGUUCAUGGACGUACUUUUGAGGACUUAAUAAACCUGCAAGUGCUGGAUUUGUCUCGAAACAGGAUCGACUAUCUUCCAAGUGCAGUUUUUUCGUUUAACUUGAAAUUAAAAUAUCUCGCACUAAAAAAUAACCGGAUGAAGUACCUCAGUGCAAAAGCAUUUCACGGGCUACACGAGCUAGAAGAGCUGGAUUUGUCAGACAAUGGCAUCGAUAUAUUGCCAAGAACACUUUUCAGACCAUUACGCAAAUUGAGAGUGCUUUUUCUGAACGGUAAUGAUUUGGACUUCUUCCAGGAAUCGUUAUUCAGUGCAAUGGAGAAUUUAGAAUUUUUGAGUAUAGCCGACAAUCACGUUGUGGAACUUCAUCAAGCCAUUCUCAAGCCUUUAACAAACCUGAAGCUGUUCAAUGCCCAUGGGAACAAAAUAUCGUCGAUUCCAGAGGAUUUGUUCCUGCAUAAUGUCUUGCUGCAGGACGUCAGUUUCGGUGAUAAUACUUUCGAUUGUUUUCCGGAAAAGGCAAUGGCUUCACUGGAACACUUUAGGAGUUUGGAUUUAUCCAAUAAUCUUCUAAGUUCCUCGGUAGUGUUUGAGUUCUCAAAUUCCACUCAAGUCAGCCUGUAUCUGAAUGGAAAUAAUCUAACCAAUCUUCAACUUCGCGGAAAUGUGUCUCACCUCACCAUGUCCAACAACAAGCUGGAAGAGAUUUCAAGUGACAAUUUCAAAUUUUGUACUGAUAUUAUUAGCGUUUAUUUGGAUCAUAAUUAUAUAAUGAAAGUGGAUCUGAACGCAUUCAACGAAUUGUCACGACUGGAGGAACUGAUCAUAAGCUUCAACUCGAUUGGAGAUAUCCAACCAACUCAUCUGGCAAACUUGUCAUCUCUCAGAUAUCUGGAUUUGACUAAUAUCAACUUGAGGAAACUACCAGAACGUUUAUUCUCAUCACAAACACUGCUACACACUCUGCGGUUGGGAGACAAUUUGUUGGAGGAGAUACCUGAAUCAACAUUUUGUGAGCUAGAAAACCUUCAAUAUCUUAGUCUCGAAAACAACAAAAUAGGAAAUUUAUCCGCUGAUUUGCUGAAAUCAAAUUCCAAACUAAAUAGCCUGUAUUUGCAUGACAACCAGCUUGAACACAUUCCUGAUGGGCUGUUUGAUAGCCUUGGCAGUUUGGAAAUGCUUGCCUUACACAACAACCGAAUAUGGAAAAUCAACGACCGGAUGCUGAACGGCUUGCGGAACGCAGAGAAAAUCGGUCUUCACAAUAACAACAUAUACACACUAAGCCCCAAAGCGUUCGAUGGGCUAUUGCUGCUAAAAGUUAUUCACUUGUAUGAUAACCGCAUUACAGAGCUGGCGCCCAACAUGUUCGAGAACAAUAUCCUAUUGGAAGAAGUAGUACUAAGGAAUAACCUCAUCUCAACAGUCCCCCAGGGUACGUUCCGUUACUUGACCAAUUUGCAAAUCCUCGAUCUUGCAGGAAAUAAGAUUACCAAAAUCGAUGCUCAAACCUUUCAACAGUGUGAAUCAUUGCGAGAGCUUUGGCUUGGUGGAAAUGAGAUAAGGACUAUCAACGAAGGAUCACUUCGCGGCUUGAAGAAUUUGGAAAUGUUGGAUCUGAGCAAAAACAAGAUUUCCGAAAUUAAAAAUGAGACAUUCAAAAAUUUGGUUUCAUUGAAACGACUGUACCUGGGAAGUAACAGAAUAAGUGACCUGUCGUCCAUGCAUUUCAACCGUCUUAUAAACUUGAGAGUACUUUCUAUGUUUAAUAACAAUUUGAAGUUAUUGCGCAACGAACAGUUUGUGAGCAAUAAGGUGCUUGAAGAACUUUUUUUGGACGGAAACGAGAUAUCGGACAUUUCACCAAAUGCUUUCUAUGGACUCAGCCGCUUAAAGAUUUUGUAUUUGUCAAAGAACAAGUUGUCUGAGAUACAGUGCGGAACUUUCGAUUCAUUGAUUGCACUGACUGAACUAAAGUUGGAUAAAAAUGCCCUUAUUCAACUUCCAGAUAAGCUACUCUAUCAACAGAAAGCUCUUGAAUUCUUGUGCCUAUCAGAAAACAAACUCAUCUCUGUUCCAGAAGAACUCAUCAACAAAAACACAAAUCUGAGAAUCCUGGAACUCAACAACAAUCAGCUGACAAGUAUCCCGGAGUCCUUUUUCUUACAUGUUCAACAGCUAGCUGAACUUUACGUGGAAAACAACCUUAUUGCAGAACUACCGGAGCAAAUGUUCAUCAGGAACCCUGCCAUGAAAAUACUCAACGUAGCUGGAAACACACUGACACAAUUUGACAUUCUCAAAACGGGAUUCGUCGAAAGUCUUCAAAUCCUAGAUAUUCAGGGCAACCGCCUCCAAAUGAUUCAGAUUCCACGGAAUCUUAUAAAACUGUUUGCUCAGGAUAAUCAAAUUGACACCGUGUUCGUAGAACAGUCAUCGUUCCAUCAGCUGGAAGUCCUCACUCUUUCCGGUAACAACCUGCAGAAAAUAGAUAAACUGUUCAAACUGAUUCGCCUGAAAUCCUUGGACCUAUCCAGAAACCAGCUCGUCGAAUUGGAUUUGAGCCGACUGUACAAGCUGCCGUACCUGAUGGAUUUGAACGUAUCGAGAUCGGAUAUUCAGCAACUAACCGGAGUGUUGCACAAGGAGCAUUACAAUCUGGUCUCGCUUGAUCUGACAUACAACAAGAUACGAGAGUUUCACAAUUUUAUACCCAUCUUUUUCACGUCAUUGCUGCAGCUGGGAGUUACUGGAAAUCCUUUUGUAAAUCAGGAGUUUAAUGACAAUAUGGAGCUGUUGAGGAGCAUUGAUGCGUUUCAAGAAAACUUUGAGUUUUUCUAGGUUUAGUUCAUGGGAAUAAGUCAGAUGUUAUUAUACUUUAGCGUUGGAACAUGAUGAAUUAAUAGAUUAUUAAUAAACAGCUCUCAGUUAAUAAUUGUGGAAUUACUUACUUUA